AUGACCAUAACGGACCAGCCAAACAGCGCCAACUGGCAAGAUCCAAGUCCUGGCGCAUUCGACUUUGAGCGAUUGCUCGAUUUUGGCGUCAAGGACAUCGAAUCCAGGCGCAACAAACCCUCAAGGCCGCUGGCAUGCCAGCGCUGCCACGGUCAAAAGCUGCGGUGUGUGCGACGCACCAGCGAUGCACCCAUCUGCGACCGAUGCUCGUCUGCCAAUGUUGAGUGCGUUAGCCGCCAACCGCAGCGCAUGGGCAGACCAGCCGAAACCACCACCAAUGGUCUCAAUAGCGCACACGAUGCGGGUCGUCCCGGUUGGAGAUUGAAGGCUCACGCCGAGUCCCAUUCACGGCCCGCCGGGACUCCCUUGCUAACUGCAACUGGUGGUACGAAGCGGCGUAGGAAAAGCCCAGGCGAUCCAUCCGCCAGCUCAUCGCCAACCGACAUGGUCAUCACCUACGACAGCGCGGCAAGACAGUUCGAGUUGGACGGAUGGAUGUGGCCGUCCGGCCCUUCUCUUUCCGACGCCGCGCCUCCAGCUCUCACCGCCGCCAGCAACACGGCACAUUCCAGCAGCGGUGUCUCUUCCUCGGCCCUAGUGCAGCCGAGCACCGGUUUUACUUCGUAUGUAAGCCCGCUUGGAAGCUUCGGUAGUCCAAAUGCGCUCCUCCAGAGCCUUGACGACCUAUCAAAUCUGUUCCCCGCGAACAUCGAGCCUCCGUGUUUCGAGCCGCAGCGCACUCCGGAGACCAGCGACGGGGUUAGCGAUGACCAGCUCUCGCCCAGUGACGCGGUUGAGCAUUUAUCAAGACUCCAUCUCGAGCUCUAUCAUUGCCUCGUCGCCGUCAAGGCCGUCGAGAAGAUGAAAAGAGAUCGGCUACGCUACCAACCGCCCACAAAGCCCGGCGGCGACAUCGACACGAGCUGGUCUGAGAAUUUGUUUCGCACCACGGAACGCUUCAUCGAAGCUCUCGAAGACUACGUCGGUCCCCAAGCCUCGGAUCCCUGUUUCCGCCCAUCGUCGGGCCCAGCUCCUACGACUAUGGACGACGACCAGAACCGCUGGGAGGACACCGACCCCAGCAACCCCGGGCCCCAGGUCGACACCGCCACCGGUCUCAUGAUUGUGAGCUGCUAUACGCGGCUUGUGCAAAUCUUUGACGUCGUGGUCUUCGUGGUUGAGACUUUUCAGGACAUGGAUUGCCCAGGCAGCUACGUGCAAGUCCGAUUCGGCGACUUCACCCCUACCGUCAACAAAAGGUUCCAGGCCCGGGCGUUGGGGCAGUAUGUGCUGCAUCUUCUUGAGGGCAUAUCCGAUGGUGUGGACAGGGCCGUGGCCUCCCGACAACCAUAUGCACGUGCAGUGGCCGAGGUCCGAAGAAACGAGGGCAGGCUCAAGGAGCGCAUAUUGACCACGUUCCAUGGGGGGCGAAAGCCUUACCUGGGCGCCUCCCGGGGCCCGACAUAUCCUUUCGUUCCCAAGAAGGGGCGCCGGGGCUGA